UCAUCCAGCUGUGAACAUGGAUGUAAAGGGAAGUUAUGAAGUAUCUGGAGGUGGUACAGGAAGAAAGCUAUCCCCUCUGAUCAUCUACGUUCUUCUGGGCUUAUCUGUCCUGAUGUCCUUUGUGAUUCUUGGCACUGUGGUUCAUCUGAUUACAGAAAAUUCCAUGAAGACAACUGAACUUCAGGAUGAACUUACAGAGCUGGCUAUGAAUCUGUCACAUGGACAGCCAUUCAACAAAUGGAGACGCUUCAAUCAUAAACUUUACUACAUCUCAUCAAAUAGACACAGCUGGAAUGAAUCUUUCAAGUUCUGUGCCUCAAUGCAGUCAAUGCUUGUGGUCAUUAACAGUAGGGCAGAGCAGGAAUUUUUACAGCGGAAUAUAAAAUGUGGCCAUUGGAUUGGACUCCAUGACACUGAGGUAGAAGGGGUGUGGCGCUGGGUGGAUGGCUCAGAUUAUGCUACCAAUUUCAAGAACUGGGCACCUGGUCAACCCAAUACUGUGGGUGCAAUGGGUCAAGAUUGUGCUCUCAUCGUUGGAAGUGGAGUGUGGUAUAGUUGGCAUUGCAAUUUUUGGCAUUAUCCCAUCUGUGAAAAACCAGAAGAUUGACAUAGCAUUUCAGCUUACAAUUGCAGCAGAGUGAGAAGUGAAUCUUUUUUGUUUGUUCCCUGCAUGUGCAUUGGCAAGUAGCCCUAAGCCGGGGAUUAUUGGGGCUGGUCUAUGGCCAAAGCCCUUUCUCACUCCUUGCCUCUCACCAGACCAAACUUGCUUGCAGAUUGACUGCUUUAUCUUAACUCAGUAAUGUAAAGAUUCAUAUAGGAGAAUAUUCCCAUUGUCCUUCACAGUAGGGAGCUAAAUGCAGUUUUCUGAAAUGUUCCACCCUGGGUGUUUCAAAACCUGCAACGCCUUUCGGAAGCUGUAAUAUGUGUUAACUCUGGCACUACCAGAAUCAAUUCAGUCAUUGGCUCCACCCUGACAGAAAACCUGGAGGCAAAGAGUCUUUUUGACACAAUUAGUAAUGAUCUAGAUAAACUGGCUGAGAGAGCAGUAGAAGUAAUUUAAGAAAUAGCAUGCAAAACAAUCCUGCAGAAAUGCCUGCAGUAAACAAAACAGCAGAGAGGGAAGAAGGGGUAGCAUUAAGCAGAAAGUUUCAUUGAUGAACUGACAGAGUCACAAAAAGCCAGACAUCCUCCUUGGAACUGCUUAAUUAUCAGGCUCUUUCACAACUGUCCUGAGACACAGGAGCUUCUUGCCCUUCUCCACCUUUGCUCUUUCUCCAUCCCUUUCUCCUCCCACUUUCUCAGUCACGUUCUCAUUUCUCCAUCCCAUGUGCACUUGAAGAAAAGACUGAAGUCACAUAGGAAGAUAAUUGCCUUUACCACAAAUGCCUGUCACUUAUACUUCCUGCUGCACAACUGAAUAUCACGAGGCAAGUACAACUAACAGAUGUUACUGUGGAAGUUGCAGUAAGGCAAGGGUUAAAAUACCAUCCAGGCAAGAACAGCAUAGGGCAGUUGGAGUCAAGUGGGUCAGCCAGAGCCAAUCUUGCCCAUUGCAGACAGAUAGGCAGGGGUGACUGUGACAGUGUGCACUCAAACCAGAUGAGCGAAACUCUGUAGUGAGACUUCUCUAGAAAAAUCUAAAACUUGGCAACACUUUACAACACAGGGCCUGGCAGAGACAAUUAAGACAGGAAUAAUGAAAGGAUAUGAAUCACACUGAAGAACUAAGGGAUAAUUGUUUUACCAACUUCAAAAUAUAAGCUUGAAGUUUCAAUUGACUUUAACUGCCAUUCACAAUAGACUGAUAAAUCUUGCAAGUAAGGAAUUCUAGCAUGUACAAUUUACCAACUGGUCAAUAUCCAUAACUGAUAAACCAAUUCUGUGUAAAACAAAAAAAUAGCAUUUUUCUGUCCUGGCUUCUGAAAAUUUUGGGUGACAGGGGCCAUGCCAUUCUCCUUGGGCACAAGUGAAGUAAAAAUAUGUUUAAGUCAUAAGUAUGCAUGUAUUCUGGGCUCAGAUAUUUUAUUUUGUUAUUUAUGAUAACAACACUCUCCCCUGUCAAAUACUGACAACACCUUUGAAGAAGUAUUUAAGACUAAGCACUGGACAAAGCAUCAGUCAAGCUGAAUUUCGUGGCAUUUGUAGUCAUUGAAUUAAGAAUGCAAUAAAUACCCUGUAUGUGAGCUUUUGGUCUGGUAUCUGGUAACCUGAAAUUCCUAUAUUUAGUGGCUGGAUCUGUAACUGCAGAAAUGUAAUCCAUGGUUUUCUAUUUUAUAAUCUGAUGAAACCGCUAUUUGCUUUUGCUUUUGUUUCUGCUAACUCAGAAUAAACCUGCUUUGAAUUUAA